ACAGACACACACACACUUAAAAAGAGCAAAACGAGGAGUAUGGAUCUAUUGAAUCUGUAUCGGAUCAUGUCUGGAGAAAGGUCAUCAUCGCUGUUUUGUUGGGGUGUCACUUUGCAACAUCAGAUCAACCUCAUCACAUCACAGAGGACCCUGUGACCUCUGACCUCAGGACCAGGGGUUCCCUGAGAAAAAUAACCAAACUCAAUACUUUUUAAAUUUCAGACUUAAUCUUCUUCAUCUCUGUUAUAUCUCACAUGUAGAAAAAAUAAAGAGGUAAAAAGGUGGGCAAGGGCUUUUCUGCUCAGUCAUCCAGGUGAGGAAAUCCCAGGCGGUUGAUUCGGUUCAUCUGGAGUGUUUUCAGUAGGAGAAAUGCUUCAUCACUCAUCCAAGUGACUUCUUCAGUAUGAAGUGAUCACUUAUUUAAAAGAAAAAGGAACAAUAUUGUACUCAACAAACAUGUGCACUCUUAGAAUUAAUCCCUUAAAAAUACACAUGAGCGGGCACUGGUUUGUGGAAGCUGCCAUGUUACCCCGCCAUCUUGAAUACAGUGGCAGAGAUGGACGGCUAAACAACAACCGCUGGUUAUAAGCUAACAUUAUUGGCAGCCCAUGUUAGCCUCGAGUGUGCUAAAAAUCAAACUUUCGCUCUGAAAAACACUUUGAUUACCUUCAUCAAGUUUAUUGACCGAGUGUUCGAAUCCAGCAAAGUUUGAUCUACUUCAACAGAAAAGUCCAGGAAAUCCUCAGAAGAUCACGUCAGCAUGGCUGCCAUUGCAAAAUAUUUACACACAUCCGUUUACUACUCCUGAUGUAUUGCUGAGAAGCACAGCCGCUGUUAUGGGGUACAGUCUAUAUUUAUUGUAUUGAGCUGAAUAAACCAUGUUUGUCCUGCAGCAGCCACUGGGCCCUGCUGUGUGGGGUCCCCAUGUUCUCUGUGUAGGUGGGCUAAAGCUAACCGAUUAUUCUAACAUGAGCCCGUCUCUGUGUGUGACGGAAGGACUGGUACACGUGGCCAUUAUAAAACCUCUAGCUGAGGCGUACCCACACCUCCCACCACAUGGCAGCUGUGAUAGACUCCAGCCUGACCAAGACUUGGUAGGUGGAAGAAGAUGCAUAGAUACACUAUAUUAAAAAGACUAGUUUGUUAUAUAUUCUUUAAUUUAAUUCUUAAUGUUAAGAAUUAUCAGGUUGCAUGUAAUUUACAUUUGGAAACAGACUCUAGUUUUUAUCUCGUUUUUAGCCAAAUUCUUCUUCAUAGCCAAUGUUUUACUAUGAGUAGAGAUAACAUGAGGACAAUAAAAACAAAAAAAAAACAAAAACGUAUGUAAGUUAUAAAAGCUGAGGAUCUCAGACUUAUCCAGCAUGCAGAGCUCAGUGACCGUGUGCUUCCUCCUCCUCGUCUUUCCCGUCAACACACACGUCGUGGAAAACUUUGUAGGACUGCAUGGAAUACUUUUACAACGGGCAUGUGCCAACCUGGACUUCCAAUAAUCACGUCCACAUCUGCCAGAAGUUUAAUAACUGCUACCACUUUGCCACCCUGUACGACACCACCAACCGCAUUCCCGUCUACUCUGCUUACAAAGUUGAGGAUGGAAAAAGCUCCGAUCACAGCUGGAUGGUGGAGCCUCAGCUGGUGAAACAGGAGUUUGAAAAGAAGAUGAUGACACAGGAUUCAGUGAAACACAAACAUCCUACACUAGACCCUAAGGAAAUAGGAAAGAGGCAGGCAACAGAUGAGGACUACGAAGAACUUGAACAAAACAAAGAUCAAAACAAAGAUCAAUACAAAGAUCAAUACAAUCAUGGUCACCUCAACCCCAGCUCACAUCAUGCAGGUGAUGCUUCCAAAGCCACUAUGACCCUGACUAAUAUAGUUCCCCAAAGAAAAAAGCUGAAUGAAAAAAAGUGGAGUCUCCAUGAGGCCAAACUCAAACGUUUGGCCAAAGAUAACUCCGUCUACGUUCUGGUCGGUGCGAUUCCAUCAGAAGGAAACUGGAUCAAAAGAGAUAAUGAGGCUCGUGUCAACAUCCCAGACUACAUGUGGGUCGCCUACUGCUACUAUGACCAGACAUCACAGUCUUAUAAGAGUGGGGGUGCCACAGCUAAGAAUGUUGAGAACAAGAUCUACGAGUGCACCGUGUCACAGCUUCAAGCCUUUCUUGAAAAACACAAACAAGUUGCAGGUCAGCUGUUUGACAACAACUGCUAUGUGGAGCAGGCUGCAGGCGCGUCUGCUGCUGCAGGCGCGUCUGCUGCUGCAGGAAAUCCUUGUGACAUAUAGUCCAGAAAUACUCACGAGAUCACUGAUCUCUGCAGAGUCAUGCAGCUCAUCCUUUCCUCAGCACUGCACACAUGAACUCAUGUAAACAGUUACUGUGAUCUUAACUGUGUCGCACAAAUGUCAGCACAUGUUUAUGGUGCAGGUGAACACAUGCUGUCAUGCUUACAGGCUGCUUUACUCUGAGAGCAGCUUCACUGCAGCUUGUUGCUUAUUAAAAUCUGAUGAAAUGCUCAGUGUCGCGUGUUUGUGUGUUCAGUCCAAAUCAGCAAGUGUGACAAACUUCAGUGAGCCGAUGGACGCUCUGACCUCAGAGUGCAGACAGUAUCUGAUCACCGGUGCAGACGCCUGAGCCUGAUGUUUCUCAGCUGGAACAAACACAUUAACCCCUCACAGAGAGCAAGCAGCAGAGCGAGCAGCGGCGCUCCGUGCUCAUCAGACCCUCUGCUCUUCAUCGCCAUCGUGCUGUGAACGUCAUUAAAUGUACACAUCGUAACUGCAGCUACAGUUUCAGAGCAAACCUCUAUUUAACUGUGAAAGGAGGAAGUGUCAUUGGGUCAAAGGUCGGCCACCUCAAAGCGUCUCUCUGAGAGUGGUUCAAAUUCAUGUACACCUCGCAGGUAUUAGCCUGAUUUAAAGGGUCAAAGGUGAAGCUGACAGAUCAAGAGACAGAGACAGGAAGUGACACGGACAGGUAGAUCAGCUAAAAUGAAACUUGUGGCUCGAGCGAUCAGGAGCCGUUUCCAUGGUUACACUCGGCGCCCUUUCUCCCACCUGUGCUGCUUCCUGUCACCUGACUCAUUCCAGCGCUUCACGCCGACGCG